AUGUCGAGCUCUAUGGAGUGUUCGGAUUUCGCAGCUAGCCGGAGAUUUUCCGGGAAGCCGAGCUUCUCGCUGACGUGUAGUCGACUGAGUCAGUACCUCAAGGAGAAGGGUAGCUUCGGAGAUCUGAGUUUAGGGAUGGCAUGCAAGCCUGAAGUCAACAGUAACGGAAACUUUGGCGUCUCGCGUCAGCCCACAACAACCAUGAGUUUAUUCCCUUGUGAAGCUUCCAUGGCGGCUCAAGAUGUUAAGCCGAAGAAUUUGUUUCCUCGGGAAGCAGCAAGCUUUUCUUCCUCAUCUUCCUCUCUCCCCAAGGAAGAUGCCCUGAAGAUGACUCAGGCUACUACUACCACUAGAUCUGUGAAACCAGAGCCUCAAACUGCACCCUUGACCAUAUUCUACGCGGGGCAAGUGAUUGUGUUCAAUGACUUUUCUGCUGAGAAUGCGAAACAAGUGAUGAGCUUGGCGAGCAAAGGAACCGCCACUACUAGCUUCACCGGUUUCACCACAUCUAAUCUCAACCAAAGUGUUUACACUCCCAACUUUCCCAAGAAACAAACCGAGAUCACAACCGUUAACAUCGCUCCUACACCAAGCCAAGUUCAUCAUCAUCUCAUGAAAACCGCAGCGCAAGAGCCAAUCCAAUCCUCCUCAACUCCAAUGACAUGCGAACUUCCAAUUGCUAGAAGAGCUUCACUCCAUCGGUUCCUGGCGAAGAGAAAGGAUAGAGUUACAUCAAAGGCACCAUACCAAUUGUGUGAUCCAGCCAAGGCGUCUUCAAAGCCUCAAACCGGAGACAACAACAGCACCUCAUGGCUCGGUUUAGCAGCUGAAAUAUGA